AUGAUUCAGGAAGACGUUCCUACUAUAUUACAAGAAUUUGUACAACCUCGUGUAAUAAAUCAGGAUAUGUUAAUAAACUUGGUAAUUGAACAAGGACCAAAAGGAGAGGCUGGUAAACUCUUUUAUGAAGACGGUAUUAACUUGCACGAAACAAAAAAGAUUCGAAUUGAGUUUCUUAAUAUUUUAAAAAUUGAUUACCUGUGGGUGAUGUCAAAUUUGAUACAAUUGAAAUUGUCCAAUAACAUAAUUGAAAAGAUAGAAAAUCUAGAUGUCCUUGUCAAUUUGAAAGAAUUAGAUCUUUCCUUCAAUCGUAUCAAAACAAUAGAGAACUUGAACAAUUUAACAAAAUUAGAAAUAUUACUUCUAUUUAACAAUAAAAUUAGUGAAAUAGAAAACAUAGAUGACUUAAGUAAUUUAACAAUUUUUAGUAUUGGUAAUAAUAUUGUAACAGAUUCGAAACAUCUGGAUGCACAAGAAGAAUAUGAAAAGAAAUUAGUUUUCCUUACUGCUGCAUAUAUAGAAUAUCUUGAUGAUGAUUAUCUCUUUCAUCAAAUGUUUGAAGAUGAUAAAGAAGGAAGAGAUUUGUCUAUGGUAAAUGAAGAUACACAAAAUGCAUUUGAAGAAUACAAGAUAAAUUUUUCUGCUUUAUGCAAAGAGUUUUGUGAAAUAGGUUUGGAAGAACAUGAUAAACGAAUAAAUGAAAUAAAUCUUUAUGAUAUCGCUGUAAAUGAAGGUAAAAGUAUUUCAGAAAAUCGAGGUAGAAUGAUUGUAAAUGAAGUCUUGCAUAAGAAAACUGAUAUUUUGGUAACUAUCAAGCAAUUGAUAAAAGAAUUAACUGGAAAUGUAGAUACUGUUAGAUUAGAAAACAUAACUAAAGAAGCUCAUCAGUUAUCUGAAGAAUUUAAUGAUAUAAUAACUGAUGCAUGGACAAAAUUGAUGUCUAUUGAAGUGGACUUACAUGAACAAAUGGAGGAUAUAAAUGAAGUAUUUAGAAUUAACAUGUCUGAUAUGAUGGAUUCUUUUCUAACAAUUGCACGAGGAUAUUUUUCACAAUUACGUAAUUGUGAAGCAGAAUAUAAUGAUACUAUUAAUGGAUUAAUUUUAUAUUAUCUUAGCGGUUUUGGGGAUGAUGUAAAGUUACCACGUCAUUUAUUAAAUUUAUGUGAAGAUAAAGACAUGUUAAAUUAUAAUCUUAAUAAUUCUCAUGAAAGACAUUUGCAAAUAUGAGAAAGAAAGAAAUAAUCAGCAAAUACUAGAAAUAUCACACUUCGCGGAUUCUCAACAACAAGAAUUCUCACAACUAUUACAACAAUUAAAUUUAAAUACUGAUGAUUCAGAAGUUAUAUUAGCACUUGAUGAAUAA